GCGCGCGGGCGGGGCUGCCGUGUUUUGCAGAAAUUGUAGCGUAUUGGAAAUGUGCGCGAAGGGAGCAGGACGGACGUCGCGGGGCGCACCGUGAACAUCCGAUGUGCUAAAAGGCAGCGACCGGCGAAGACUCUUCCGCCAUCUCGUCUCAAUAAUGGACUAAAAUUUCUUCCAUUUUAAGAAAAAAAAAACCCAAACGGAAAUAAUCUCACCUUUACUAAUCGGACUUUUGUUCUACCCCGUGAGGCCGACCGAAAUACAGUUAGUCCUGCGAAGUCGGAAACGGCUCGCCGAAUCGAAUAAAACCGUGACCGGCAAUAUCGUUGCAGUUAAUCGGUGGCCAAAGUCAUGGCGUGGCCCUGUAUCACGAGGGCGUGCUGCAUGGCUCGCUUCUGGAGCCAGCUGGACAAGGCUGACAUUGCAGUGCCUUUGGUCUUCACCAAGUACUCGGACGUAUCGGAGAUGCAACAUCUGCAGCUGCCGCCUCCGCAGAAGCAGCUGCCGUUCCAGUCCCGAGCGAACACGGUCGCCAUAGAAACGCAGCCAGGUCGCACCGAGCGGGAGGAGGUCGCGGGCAAAGGCCCGCCAGCAUCCGCGGCACCCGACGGGGACGCGCUGGGCUCCGUGAUGCGCCAGGAUUUCAAGCACUGGAAAGUGCGCCCCGAGCCCAGCUGCAAGCCCAAGAGUGAGUAUCACGGUCCGGAGGUCCCGUUCAACAGCGAGACGCAGUACCAGAAGGACUUCAAGCCUUGGCCCAUACCGAAAAGGGGCGAGCACCCUUGGAUCCCCAAACCCUGCCCGUCGUUCUCAGCUCGAGACGACCGAGUCCCCGGCGGAGCAAAGCCCUACCGCGCGCACACGGACACCGACAGCGGGGUCGAGAAGAGCGAGCUUGCCGACAGGGUGCAAGAGAAGGAAAUUCUGUCGAGCGAGAGGAAAAAGAGAGCAAAGAAAGAUGACAAGGCCGAGAAGAGGGUCGUGAUCGCGGGCGAGGGGGUAAACGCGCGAGAGACCGCCGUUACUCAGGGGAGAGGUCGCGCGGCGGCGGACGCGUUGAACAGGCAGAUUAAAGAGGAGGACGCCGCCGGGAGCUCGUACAGGACGGAGUUCAAGGCUUACACAGACGUGAAGCCAGUGAAACUGAUCCGGGCCAAGCCUCAAUACCUGCCUCCGGAUGAAAAGACCAACCUGGAGACCAGCUAUAGCGCCACCUACAGGGGGGAGCAGGCGAAACUGCAGCCUGCAGACAACAAGGCAUUGGAGAGGAGGAGAAUACGAACAUUGUACAGUGAACCUUACAUAGAGACUAGUAAGGGGGACAGGACGAGCCUUCCCCAGCCCAGACCGAAGAAAGUGUCCUCCUCCCUGCCCGCUCCCCACGGCAAAGCGGCGAAGAAGCCCAGGGAGAAGCAGGUGGCCCGCGGCUCCAGGAAAAAGAGCUCCGAGAACCAGCCGGAGGCCCGGCCGGCGCGGGGCACCAAGGAGAAAAGUAAAGAGAUGAACAACAAACUGGCUGAGGCGAAAGAGGUUGUGCUAAAACAGUACCACUACAUUCAGCUCUGCCAACCCAUCCGAGAUAUUGGUUGGGUGCAGACGCUAAAGCAACACCUGUGGCGCUGUGCACUACCUGACCCAAGUGACGUGGAGUCUUCGGUUGGACGAGUCAGUGAUUAUUAUUCCCCGGGUACCUCUGGAAGAGAGUCAGAGCCACUGGUGGAACGAUCAGAACCACGGAGCAAGGCAGUAGUGCGCUUCGCACCCAAUGUCAAGUUCUGACCCUCACCCACAGCAUGGGAUUGGCCUGCCAUGCUUCCCAGAGAGAGAGAGAGAGAGAGAGAGAGAGAGAGAGAGAUGUGGGGGUGGGGGGGUCAGAGAGAAAGAAAGAGAGAAAUGGAGGGUGGGACAGAGAGAAAGAGAUGUGUGGGUUAAGCUACAAGUACUGUAUGUAAUAUAUUCUGAUUGUUAUUAAUGAAUUAUGUAUUACUGUCUGUAUAUAUGUAAUAUAUUCUAAUUAUGAACACCAUCUGAUUGUGCACAGACUGCAAAAUUUAAAUGGUGCUAAAAGUUUCUGUUGCACUCCAACAGUGUUUAGAGACGCCAUUAACUGGCCACUUAAUGCAAAUCCUCACCAUAGAAAAUACAAACAUAUAAAUAAACAAGCAAAUUAUCUCAGA